AUGCAAUUUCUCCGAAGCUCUCGUAGAAUCGCUAGGCUCGUAAAACCCAUUGCUGUAACCGAUGCUAAUCUGAGAUUCGUCUCCUCUGCUUCUCAAAUCUCUGGUUCCUUCCAAUGGCGGAAUCAUGCGUCUGCUUCUUCCUCUCUAUUACAAGGGAUGGAGAGCUUCACUCAAUUGCAUAGCCACUCGUCCUCUGUGGGCUUGUUGAUCCCCAGAUCAAGCUUUUCCUCUGAAGCGGAGAAGCUUGCGGGGAACCCUACAGUAAAUGUCAAGGAAUUGCAUGCAAAGAUCCUCAGCUCUGUAAAUGUCAAGAGAUCAAUGCCUCCGAAUGCUUGGCUGUGGUCUUUGAUUGAGAGUUGCCAGAAUCAAGAUGACAUUCAUCUUCUCUUUGAAGUUCUUCAGAAUCUCCGGAGAUUUAGACUAUCAAAUCUUCGUAUUCAUGACAACUUCAAUAGCAAUCUAUGCCAACAAGUUGCUAAGGCUUGUGUGCGUGUUGGGGCAAUUGAAUCUGGAAAGAAGGCGUUGUGGAAACAUAAUGUUCACGGUUUGACACCAAGUGUUGCAUCUGCACACCAUCUAUUGGCAUAUGCAUUAGAGCACAAGAAUCCUGAACUCAUGGAAGAAGUCAUGAAACUCCUGAAAACGAAUGACCUGCCUCUACAACCUGGAUCUGCCAUGAUACAGAUAAGGGAUACUGAGUCACUUUGGAAAGUAGAUAAACUGAGAUCAGAGACAUACAGUCAACACACUCUUUCUACUGCUUUUUCCUGUGCUAAGGGUUUCUUAGUAGAAGGUAAACCUGAAGAAGCUGCUGCCGUCAUCCAGGUUAUCUGCCAGAUGUAUCCUGAUGAGAAGAACUCAGCAGUGUCGACAGAAUUCAAGAAACUGGUAAAUGAGUGGCCUAUUGACGUUAUCAGGCGCCAAACCGAAGAAGAUAAGAAGGGUCUCGCUGCUUCGUUGAAAUCUGCUAUUCCUUCCAUGGUUAACGCGUUGCUAAGCUCGGGUCUGACAGUGAACGUUGAUUUAGAUGAGCUGUACAAGAACGAAGCUCUUCUCAGCUGA